GUUUAUCUCCAUCGUCUCCAGCUCGUCGGAGGAAUCGUUGUUUUUUAACUACGCGGUUGUGCACGUUGUCGCGAGGUCACAAUUUCAAUCUGGGUUUACACGAAUUGGGCCAUUCUGUGUGUGGUUUUGGAGCGCUGAGCGAAGUGGGUUUUUGCUCAAACAGACACAAUGGCGAUGAGGAUGAUGGCUCGCAGGUUGGUGAACCCUACAGGUGAUGCUUUGUUGGCCAGAUCUGCCCAGCGCCGAGGUAUGAGCGGCGGAAAGAUGUUUGAGGAAGAGGAGAAGGCAGCGGAGAAUAUCUACAUCAAGAAAAUGGAGAAGGCGAAGCUGGAGAAGCUUGCUGCAAAGGGAUUUUCAGCAGAGGAAGCCAAGAAAGCCGUCGAAGGGCACCCAGAUGCUCAUCCUGAAGCCGUGAAAGCAAUCAAUGAAACAGCAACCAGUGGCACAACAAGUGACGCAACAAGUGGCGCCGGUGCUAACUAUGGGCUAAUCGCUGGAGUUGUUGGGGCGGCUGCUCUGGGGUAUUGGUAUUUUUCCAGUAGCUCCAAGAAGGAUGACAAGUAGGGUCCACCCUUUUGUCUCAAGAGGAAUCGUGUUUGGGAUGCUGCAUUUGGGUACAUAAAAAGAGUACCAUAGAGCUGUAAAAGAAUUCAAUCUGCUUCGGUGUGCUGUAGAGGUCCAAACCCAGCAGGCCCUGACAUUCCUGCGCAAUAAUGAAGCAUGAACAGAUUUGUAGCUGCACGUGGAGCUAGCAUACAACAUGAUUCCGAACAAGCAGUGCUUGAACAAGCAGAGUAUUGUCAACAUUGUGCUUCCCAAUAAUUGCGUGUUAUAAAAUCAAAAAACAUUUCCCAUA